CAUGGCAGUUAUCCUUUAUUUUGAAAAUAAAAACUUUAUCGUAGAAAGAACUCGUUGAUAUGGUAAAUAAUCUGUAGUGGAUUUGAUGAAUUAGUUGUAAGAGAAAACAAGAGAUAUGUCAGACGCCACAGAGAGCACCAUCAGUAAUAGCACAACUUCUUUGCGGAGGCAAGCAGAAAAAUCAAUGGAAAGUAUAGCCAGCGGCGAAGGCAAUUCGUCAGUGGGAGUAUCACAAUCUGAAGUUCAACAGAUAGAUCGGCUGAAGGCAACUUUGCAUUAUUCUUUUAAAAGUCAUUCUAGUAAAGCAGACACCUCAAAAACAUCAAGAAACAGCACAAUAAAAAGCAAGACAUCAACAAGUAGUUAUACCGAUCCAACAACUUCAAAAAGCAAAAGAUUUUAUAAAAAGGAGAAGGCAAUUACUGAUGUUUGUGGGGCUGGUUUGUCAUCAGCCCAGAUGCGUGAGAAACUGUUUGCAUCUUUCAGAUCAAAAGGUGUUCUUGAGAGUGCCAAGACUCAAUUGAGAGCUAAUUUAGCCUCAGUUAUAAAUGAAAGUGCAAAAAUUCAGAAGGCCCAAAAAUCAAAACCAGAGUCCUUGUUUGCUAAACUGUCAGAUAUUCUUGUUGCUGAGCAUCUGAAACAGGCAAAAUAUGAUUACACUCUAUCAAUAUUUAAAAGUGAAAGUUCAGCGUCAGAACUUGAUAUUAUACCAUCUGAAAUAUUGAAGAUAAUGAGAAUAAAUCCAAGCACAAAGAAAUAUGAUGACUUGUUCCUGUUAUUGAGUCAAAAUGAUACAAAAAGCUUCUUGUGGAAUUUUAUUUCUAAUGCAUGUGGAGACAACAGUAUAUAUUUGUCAGUUGCUUGCCAAACAGAUGAUUGUGAAACAGUUAAAGAAACAUACAUAGGAAAGAACUUGUCAAAAAUCAGUGAGGAACUUGAUGUUUCUUACAAAAAUGAGUUUUUCCAUAGAUCAUUAUCACUUGAAGAACGACUUUUCCAAUUACAGAAAAAACUGGAGGAUCAAAAGAAAAAAGAGCUUAAACUAGAAAAGGAAAGACUCAAAGACACAUUUGUGAGAGAAAUAAAACUCCAGGAAAGAGAAAGGAAUAAAACUGAUGUUGAUAGAUUUAAGAAUGAAAUUGAAAAGAGUUACAAAGAAUUGAUAGAUAGUGUUAAGCAAAGAGAAAUAGAAGUAAAUGAUAUGCUUGUUAAAAAGCAAAAACAAAUCGAACAAGAACUUUAUGAAAGAAGGCAAGAUAUGUUAAAAGAGAUUGAAAAGCUGAAAGAGAGGGAAUAUGAAAAUAAAAGGGCUUGUGAUAUUGCAAUGCAGACAAUCAAAGUAGAAGAAGCUAAGUUGAAAACACUUGAAGAGCAAUUAAGAGCGAAAGAGUUGUCUUUGCAGUCAUUAGAAGAGCAACAUAAAAACAAAUUGAAAGAAGAGAUUCUGAGAAUAAAAAUUGAGAGUCAGGAAGAAAAACAGAAGUUUGAAAGUUUACUUAGAUCACAAGAGGUCAAGCUGCAGGAAGAGAAAGUACUGUUUGAGUGUGAAAAGGAAUCUGUCCUGAAUUCCAAAGCCUCUUUGACAAACUUGAACCAUGAAAAAAUCCAACUGCAAGCUUCUUUGAAUGCAGCAUUGAAAAAAAUAAGCAUUCUUACUUAUAAAUCUGAGGGUUUGAAAGAAAAAUUGCAAGAAUUUUCUGACUAUUUGCAAAUUAAAGAGCUAUCAGUGGCAAGAAAAAAGGAAAUAGAUUGUUUAAAGACCAGAGUAAAUGAAGUCAUGAAAGAAAAACAGUCAAUUGUAGAGCAAAAUAGGAAACAGGUCAAAGAGCUAAUGGAAAGUAUGCUCAAGGGAAAUCCACAAACUGUUCAAAUUCAAAGGCAAAUUGAAAUUGACAGAAAUGGAUUUAUUGAAAAGGAAGCUGAUUUGAAAGAGAAAAUUUCAAGGAUCGAGCAGCGACUAAGAUCAGAGAUUUCUAGAAAUAAUGAGCUUACACAUAUGAAUGAGGCAUAUUUGCUAGAAAAUAAAGCUUUAAGAAGGGAUAUAGAAGAACUAAGAGCUGCCAAUAAGAUUAAUGCUGUUUCUCAUGAUUGGCAUGCAAGUAAGAUUAAAGAGACUGAAAAGCUUGGUGAGUCAGAGAAACCUAUUUUUAAUACCAAUGUGACAGAUAGGUAUAGAAAAAGUUUUGAAUUUGUCACACCAGAACAUGCAGAUGAAAUAGACCUUUGCACUACAUCAUCCUUGAUGUCAAGGCCUUUGGUCACUCAGGGUAACAGGGAUAUCAUUGCCAAGCUGGAAAGUGAAGCCAGUGCACUGGAGGACACAUACAGGAAUUAUCAAAGAAAGGAAAGUAUGAGAAAUCCUUCUUCAUACGGAGUACCACAUACAAAUGAUUAUAAACCGCUGCAGGAGUAUUAUUCAGUUGUUAAACACAAUGAAGUGCAGCCUUCAGAAAGUGCAAAAUUUAAGCCUACUAAGCACCAACAAGGAGGGAAUGCUGCCACAGUCACAGAGCAAUAUGACAUUAGAACCUCUUCAAGUGCAUUAACCGCAGCUCAUAAUGAUGCUCUUUUCCACACAAAAAGCAGCGAGGCAGAAGGGAAAUUCCUCAGCCUGGAUACAAAAGAUGUUAAAAGGAACACAAAGGGUGAAAAGUUACAGGAUACCUGGAACGGUGAUCAUUUAACAGAACAGUUACUUGAGUCUGCAGUUAUUCAAAGAGAUGAAGGUUUAGCUGAGACAAAAAUCGCGUCUGGGGCAGAAGCUUUUAGCUGCCUUGGUACCCGUGAGGUAGUAAAUGCUGAGAUUCCUCGCUUUUUGUUGCAUAAUGAUGUUGUUUCAGAGGAACAUCAAGAGGACAAUAGAGACUUUGCAAUUAAAAGCUCUUGUUCUAGUAGUUUAAGAAGUCAUAAAAGUGAAGGAUUACGUCAAGAUAAGAGCGAAAAUAGUGAAGCCAAUGUUACAAGUCACGAUUUAAUAGAAGAUUUAUACAGAAAGGAAAACAUGGAAAUGGAAAAUCUGAGCAGCCUGUCUUCUGCAAAAGAAACCGCACGCAAAGCGGCCACUGCAGAUAAUGUUGAUGGUGACGAUGUUUCUGACACCUUUAUUAAUAAUAAAGAAAACAGGAGAGAAACCUUGGCAGGUUCAUCUUAUGAAACUAGCAAUGAAAAAGAAACUAGGAUUGAUGAGGAAGAAAAUUCUAUUCAUGUGGAAAAAAUGGAUUCUACGCAAGAAAAAGUCUUAGAGAACGAUGACGUAGAGGAAGGUGAUGAUGAAAACCAAAUAGACCCACUAAUGAAGCAUUACAUGGAAAUGUUGUCGAGAAAAAAACAAGAGGAAAAUCUUGAUAACGGCGAGCCAGAACAGUUGAAUUUGACUGACGAUAUCAAACUUGAAAGUAAAGUUUCAAAGUCAGAAGUAUCCGAUUUGCUAGAAGAUGAAAUCGAAGAAAUUGAACAGGAUCCGGUUGACGAAUUUGACUGGUAAAUU